AUUUUGUUUACCUCCAGCGAUGUUCGCACUGGAUGCGUUGUUUACUAAUAAUAAUUUUCGGCUUGUAAUUUUUCUCCAAAUAUUUCAAAAAUUAGGUAUCUGCGCCGAAUAAUUUGUUGAAUGCAAUGGAAACCGCUGAUGCUGAUCAUGGAGACGACCAGGAAAAGCUAAAAAAACAACCGGAAGUGGACCAGAUCCGUUACUACACGGAAAAUUUCGAACGCCUCUGCCGGUUGUGCUUAACCAACGAGCAUCUGGUCAACGUUUACUCAAAUGUUCAGGGCCGGAAUGUUUUUUACGUUAGGAAUUUCGUGAAGGAUGCCUUUCGAUUGCUGGAACAAACGAUCAACAAAAAAGACCGACUGCCAAAUUUUAUUUGCGAAAAAUGUGAGCGAAAUUUGAAUAUAAUUUACAACUUUAAGAAAAAAUGUGACCAAUCGAGGCGAAUCUUGGAAAAGAUUCGCGACAAAACCAUCGUACCGGAGGAUCUCGUUAAAGUUGAGGAUAAUCAGCCGUCGCCGUCUGAGGAGACUGCUAAGGGAAAACCCGUCGCGAUAAAUCGUACCAAGUCGAAGCACAAAAAUAAGUCGAGCCCGGAAGAAUUACUCAAAAAGCUACCGCAAGGGCUCAACAUUGAAAAGGUGAGGGAAACCACCAUUCCGGCGAGUAUAGUUUGCGUAGAGCUAGACGAAGCUCCUUUCAAAAUAGAGCCUGUUGAUAUUAAGCAGGAAGUGACUAGUUUUACGGAAACCGAACUAACUGUAAAGAAUAAUCUGACUGAACCUAUCGCACAAGAACCGUCUCAUGCAGAACAGGAAGAUGUCGAAAGUAAUGAAGACGACGCCGCGGAUGACUAUUCUGUCGAUGAAGAGUCAGACAGCGAUUGGAAACCAGAAGACUCAACCGAAAUUGAUUGUACUAUGGUAGGCGAACUCACGGAACCGAUGGAAUCCUCCCCCUCCAAGCGUGGGCGAAAAAAGAAAACGGAAGGCACGAAAGGUCUCUCGAAAAAGCGGUUGCGAGAACGGGAGAAAACCAUCUGCUCGAUUUGCGGAGCCUUGGUUAACAACAUCAAAAGCCACAUGGUGAUCCACGAGGACAUUCGGCCACAUCAGUGCGAACAGUGUCCGAAGAGUUUUACCUCACGAAACAAGCUGCAGUCGCACAUCAACAGUGUGCAUUUGAGGAAGCGCGACUUCAAGUGCGAGGUCUGCGGGAAGGCCUUCCUGGAGAAGAACAAUCUUAAAGGGCACCAGCGCAUCCAUAAGGGAGACCGGAAGUACAAGUGCGACCUCUGCCCGAAGUCGUUCCUGUUUGCGGGCACGCUGCGUUGCCAUCAGUUGACCCACACUCAGGACAAGAAACACGAAUGUCAGAUCUGCGGUAAAAUGUUCCUGAUGCGAACCACACUGAAUAAACAUCUCUACGUGCACAGCAACGAACGCCCGUACAAGUGCGAUAUGUGUGAUAAAGCGUUUCGAACGUCCACGCACAAAAUUGUCCAUAUGCGGACACAUACCGGCGAGCGGCCACUUCAGUGUCGCAUCUGCAAUAUUGGCUUCGCACAUCACAAAGCACGUAGCGUGCAUAUGAAGACGAAACACGCCGAGGAGUUGGCUGCCAUGGAUAUGCUGGACGAGAAGGGGCACCUCAAGUUCUGAACAACCAGGUAAGAUGAUGUUUGACAAGAACAUGAAUAUAGGAAUUGAGCGUCGAGCGUG